AGGUAUUUAUUCUUAUUUUAUUGUUUAGGUUUUUUUAUAUUUUUUUUUGUAUAGUUUCUUUACUGUUUUAUUUAAGUUUCAUUUAUGUUGGUUGAUACAGGGAAAGUCAUCGGAUGAAUUAGUAACUCAAGAUUCUGAUGAUGAUGCUGAUGAUGAUGAUGAUGAUGAUGAUGCCAAGGAUGAUGAGAAGCAAUUGCCUGAUCCAGAAAAUAUUGAUUCCGACUCCGACGAUGGUGGUGAGUUGGUUAAAGUUGGUGGGGAUGCUGAUGAUGCUGACAAGGCUGUUACUGUUGUUCCUUCUGCUGAUGUGAAUCCAUCUGAGGAUGUUGGAGGGAGUGAUAAAAAUGUUAAGGAUGUUGAGAAGCCGAAGGGCGAUGAGUCUCGAUUGAAGGGGGACGAUUUCUUUGAUGGGUUGAGCCAGCUUGAAAUAGAUGAUGAUCAAGUUGUGUUGGCUGGCUUGGAGGCUGUUGCUAAAAUCCAUGUAAGUUUACUUUUAAUUGUUUUCAAAAAAAACUAGGUUUCUUUUUGGUUGCUCAUUAGUUUCUAGUAUGUUUUGCAACUGUUUUAAUGCAUUCUUUAUUUUUUAGGUCCCCGCACCCAAUCCAGAUGUUGUUGGUGAAAAGUCAGAUGCCCUUCAUACUGAUGAAGAAACUGAGGACACUGUCUCUGAUACACCUCUGUUGGAUAAGAGGAAGCGUGCUCCGGCCUUGAAAUCUCCAUUUGUUGAUUUCGGGUCUGCUGAUGUCGGGAGCACUCCAAUGGAGCUUAUGUCCUCAGGUUCUCAAUCAGCUGGGGAUGAUAGGGAUUUCAAAAUGGUGACUUAUGUGAAGGGCCUUUAUGCUCUUAAUGAUGCUUUUGCUGAUCCCGUAUCUACCGAGAUUGAGGCAAAAUUUGACGCUUGGAUUGGUGAAGGAUUGCUUAAACAUCCUAGGCAUUAUAAUUGUUAUGAAGACGGCGCAAAGAAAUUUACCCCGGGUUUUAGGCUAGGUGUUGAUUAUGUUGAGGAUAAAACUUGGUUUUACCAUUUGGCCACAUGCGACAUGUUUAUGAACGACUCGCAUAUGAACACCAUAUUCUAUUACCUUCGGAAAAAAGGUAAGUAUUCUUCCGCUGUGACGUUGAAUUUCGCAACUACUGAUUGUCUUUUUGAUGAUUCCAUCCAAGCAUUGUACCACAAAUUUAACAAGGCCAAGUCAAUGAAGACUAAGAUGUCACACAUUCACGCUGCCCACCCAAUUGCGCAUUACAUCCGAGGUAUGCGCAUUCCCUGUUCCAAGCCUUGGUAUGAAGCCGAUCAUGUGCUUUUCAUCAUCAAUUUAAGAAGGGAAAGUCAUUGGGUUUUUGGGCGUCUUGACUUGAACGAAGGGACGUUGUUUCUGUACAAUUCUUUGAGGACCGCGAAGAUGAAUGCCGCAGCUAGGAAUGCGAUGAAGGCUUAUUCCGUGUUGCUGCCUUUGUUUUUCGAUUUACUUGGGUUCUGGAAGAAUAGAGCACAAGCUCCUGCCUCAGUUUCUGACCCUACAGCUCCAUUCAGAAUCAUGGAGCUUAGUGGUCUUGCGUCUCAGCAGAAGAAGUGAGUGUUUUUUUUAAGUUUCUUUUAUGUUGUUUUUUAGUUUCUAAACUGUUUACUUUUUCUCUCUGUUUUUUUAUAGUGAUUGCGGGGCAUAUGUUGCUGCCUUUGCUGAAUUCUUUAUCCACGGAAAGGAUGUCCCUGCAGACUUUGACAUCGAAGUUUAUCGUACCCGACUUGCUUCACUUUUCUUCUCGUACGGACAAAGGAAAAUUGACGAAAGUAUUGACAGCGAGGAUGAGAAGCAAACCAAGUCUUCUAAGGCAUAUAAAUUGAAGAAAUAGGAUCUUUUAAUUUGGUGGCUCUUUUCUGUUAUUUGUUGAAUCUAUUUCCAGACAAUUUUUAGUGUUGUUGUUUCAAUGUAGGUAUUAUAUUUGAUUUUAUACUAUGUACCUGGUUUAAAACUUUUAGGAUAUUUGACAUUUACUCCUUAUAAUAUCUUUAUUGUAUAGGUUUGUAUUUCCCAAAGUUGUUUGUUUUUUUUAAUUGUUCAAGUUCUUAUAUACGGUCGCACAACUAUGGAGAAACUAUUAACCAACUGAA